GGUUGCGCGAGUGGCCACGGUUGCCGCAGCCAGCCGCCGUGCCCGCCGCCCAUGGCGCCUGCCGCCUCGACGCCGGCGACGGCCACGGCCGUGUACGUGGCGGCGGUGCCGCUGCGGGCGCCCAAGGGCCCCGGCCAGCUGCUGGUGUCGGUGGGCUACUCGCUGGGCCUGUGGGACCUGCAGCACUUCAUGGUGGUCCUCCGGCCCGACCCGCCCGGACGCAGUUAGAUAUUAGCAUUUGAUUUCAAACCGCGGGACCCGGAGGAUGUCGGCGCCGCGCUAGCGGUGCUGUCGCGGAGCGAGAUACCCGGCGUGGUCCGGAGAAGAACGCUGCGGAGGGUCCCGGACCGGCGGUGCUGGCUCGUCGGGCACUGCUGCGAGGGGGACGCCGUGGGCGCCGCCGACAGGUUCAGCGAGCGGUGGCCGACUGGCCUGGUCGUCGGGGAGCACGACUGCCGGGACUACACCAACGGUAAUCCGCCAUCGCCGUUGCAGAAUUCUGAAAGUGCGAUC